UCUCUCAAUUUGGCAGUUUGUAACGGGUUCAUUGCUGCAUACUCUUUGUUUUCCCUUUCGGCAGCAUACUUUUCUUAUUCUUAACCCCUUCCUGUUUAUGAUUACACCCCUCCCCUGAACUCUCAUACAAGUUUUCCCCCAACUUUCUUCUCUGCCCGCUGAUCUCUGGGUAGGCUGUAGGGAACUGCAGGGACUGCCAUUCCUUUUCAAGCAUUUGCUUGUUCUUUGGCCUUGUUUUGGGUGAACAUUGAGAAAACUUUCAACUGGAUAUCUUAUCUGCAUUCCUCACCCAUCACUCUGUUAAUCUUUUCAUGCUACUGUGCCUACCUGCCUUGUAGAACCAACUUUGCCAAGAAUGACAAACUUAGUAGGAAAACUCAUUUGGUAGAACUGAAAUCAGUUUUUGCCAUUUUCCAUCUACUCUAGCUUUUUUUAUAUUCUGUUUUUUCAGAAUGCAAGUUUCUCGCUGGUUGUAAAUUUGUAACCUCUUGGAUAGUGUCGGGAUCCCCUCCCCUUGGUCACAGAGUAAGUGAAAGAUGUAAAAUUAAUUGAGGGAAAAGAGGCUGUGUACAUGGGCAAAAACAUACCUUAAUGACAAACUUGCCAGUAUAAUGGCUGAUUUGUCUUCUUGGCUUGAAGCAAACUUAUCUGUAUUUUCAUUUUUUUGUGCCUAAAUUCAAUGCGAGUGAAGGAAACUGUGAUUCCCUCCUUUGUAAAUCAUUUAACAAGCUUAUAUUUAUUAUAUAUUUUUAUAUUAAAAUUGGUGGCUGGUGAUAAUCUGCUUCUGGUCUUAGAAAGCACAGUUUUAAUUUUAUUAAAUAUUUGGUUGUAAUAGUAAUGAGGUGAAAUUUUGGGUUGUGGUUGUCUGGGUGUGAUGCAUUGGCAUAGUCUUAGCCUUGGGCUAAAAAAGUGUAAGUGAUUGGGUGAUUUAAAUUUCUUUUUCUUUUAAGUUGGUACUGUAAAACCUGAAAGUUGCACACCAAAACACUUUUCAGGUUGAAAAAUUUCUAGUACUAUCUUGUGGUAAAUGUACCAUCCAGAAAAGGGACACGAUAAAUGCUUUUAUUUUACUAAAAGUAUUUUACACGUACGUGGCUUGUCAUUAAAUUUUUUAACAACAAAUGAAAAGAUGAUCAUCGUUAGCCAAACCAUGAAAUACUUUUCUUUGUGCCUUACGUUAAAAAGCAUGCUGUUUGCAAAAUAAUUGAUAUUAUCAGUAUUCAUAAAAAUAGAAUAAUUGUUCUGUUCAUAAUCCCUUACCGUAUGUAGCCAGUUAGUUCAUUUUGGCUUUGUUUUAGGGCAAAAUAAGGACAGUGCUACAAAAGGAGUUACUUAAUUGCUAUUGGGAGUAUAACGGUGACAAUAUUAGGUAAUUUCUCUCUUGCUUUUUCUUUAUAUAUCAUUCAAAAUCCUACCAUCUAAUUCUUGUGUGUUGUUUAGCUCCUUUAACAUUCACCAGAGGAGGGUGCCACUGUUUGAUUUUAGUAUAGGUGAUGUUAGCUCUUGUCACAAAAGAGGAAGCUUUUUCUGAACUUUCUAUUAUUUAUGUAUAUUCUAUCUCUAGAAUGGUAUAGAUGAUAAAUGAGGAGUUUAAUUUUAUUUCUAAUAACUCACACUAGUAAGAUAGGCCAUCAAAAACUAGGGCCCGUCUGUAAUUGUAGUGCUCUUUAGAUGCAGAGGAGACAUUACCUUGUAUAUCCAUUUCAUCUGUGUAUAUCCAUUUCAUCUGUGUAUAUCCAUUUCAUCUGUGUAUAUCCAUUUCAUCCCUCACCCUUUUUUUUUUCUUUUAAGCUGAGAUGCUGAUAGUUGGAGAAGUUGUGACCUUCCUAAGGCUAUGUGGCUAGUUCAAGGCCUUCAGUUUGUUGAUCUCUAUAUGAAACCAUUGGACAAAUUGGCUUGAAUAUUUACCUAGAUAGGUGGUGCCCUGGGGAUACAAGGGCGAAUGAAAUAUAACCCCAUCCUCAAAAAGUUUCAGUCUAGUGAGAGAGACAGACCUCUAUACCAAAAGUUAUAGUCAUGGUGCACUUAGAGUGUUAUGGUGACACAGAGGAGGGACAUUUAAAUCAGACUGGUAGGUAGGAAGGCCCAGGAAAAAACACCUUGAAGGUAUUGUUUACUUCAAGAUUAGAAGCAUAGGUUUUGACUUGAGAUCGGGCUUUGAAUCUGUGCUCUGCUUUAUUCUAGCUGUGACAUUGGACAAGUUGCUGAAACAGCUUUAUCUGGGAGUUUAUUAUCUAAAAAAUAGGGAUAAUAAUGCCUGUAAGGUGCAACUUCAUCAGUGUAUUGUACCCUGUCUAGAGAAGUACCUAAUGGAGAGAAGGAUAUGGAAGAGGAAAGGCCAAAAAGACCAGGAAGUCUGCAGUGCUGGGGCAGCAAUAUUCAAGGGAGAGAGACUCUUCCUGUGUGAGCCACAACUUUGAUCACUAUGAAGAUGUAUAUAGUGCAGGGAUAAUUUAUUAGGUAUCCCCCAAACUCUCUAUAUCUCAAGGUUCUAACUUUCAGUGGACUUCUGAUUACCAAUUCAGGAUUUCAGUUAUCCAGAUAUUUGAGAAAACUGUGUCGUGGCUUUAGGUGUAAAUUUUCUUACUAGUCAAAAGGAAUAUUCUCUAUGAUUAAUUAAUAAAUUGGUAUUCUGAUUUGUACUUCAGCCUCUUAUGAUUUGGGUUACCAUGAGUUAGUUCUCUUGAGCAUAUUUAACUGUGGAUUCUUUGGCAAAGAUAUGUCUCUGGACUUUUUAUGCUGAGGACCAGACUCUGUAGGACUGUGGCUUCUUCUAGAUGGAUGAAAUUUUAAAGAGCCUUAUCUCAGUGGUCCUACAGGCCAGCUUCCUCCCUUGAUUCUAACCAUGAUACUGUGUGUGGAUGGUUCACAGUGUGUGUAUGUGUCUAAAGGUAUGCCAGUGGUUGUUUUCUUAUGUAACAAGAUUCAAACAACAAAAAGGUAAAAAGGAGCUCGUUAUAUAAGUUGAUGUAGAAAGAUUAUUUUAAGAUAAAAAAUGAUUUCUGUCUAGGAAAAUCAUUGUUUUUGUGCUUACUUGUAAUUUUUAUCUACAGGCAAAAGGUGUUUUUUUUGUUUGUUUGUUUAUUUCUUUUUUUUUAAUACCAUCUAGAAGAAAUAUCACCAAAUCCUUUGGCACCUCUAUCAAUGUUCAUGGCUGAAGCCUAGCUAAAAAAAUAGAUUGUUAUGUGCUCCAUAUAUUCAUGAGCAUUACUUUAUUAAAGGUCUUAUGCAUCUUGACAAUUGACACACAGCUUGGCCAGUGGUUAAAGCCUAGAGUUCCACAUUUUGCAUGAGGGAGAAGCCAUACUUCAAGCGCUUGCCAGGGACUGCAGUCUUUAGGCUCAGCACUUCUCAGAAGCUCAGAAAAUAAACUGCUUAUGGAGGGUUGCCUGAAGAAUAUAUAUAUAUAGUCUGAUUCUUUAGAUCAGUGGUUCUUAACUUUUCUUGAGUCAUGCUGCUCUUUGAGAAUGUUAUGAAACUACAGACAUAUUCCCCAGAAAAAAAGGGCUUGCAUAUCAAAUUUUCUUUGUAGUUUCAGAGACAAGUGGAUGCAUGAAGCCUCUGGAUUUCAGGUUAGUCUAGAUAGAAUAAAAUCUGGUUUUGAUGCAUCUAGCCCUGCAAGGAACUGUAUGUCUGAACCCCUUGCUUGGCCCUCCUGCUUUCCUGUCCAUCAUUUGCUUUUAUUGAAUUGUUUGCUGUCAUUUGCCUCUGAGGGUAGUUUAGAGGAAUAGCCUCCUUAGCUCUGAGAAAUCAACUACAAGAAUGUUGUUGAGGAAAUCAUUUGUUAUAUUAUAUAGUAUCAUUUUAAUGAGGACCAAGGGAGAAAUAGUACUCUAUUACCUAUUUAUCUUAAGGAUGCCGAAUUAUGUAACUGAUUGGGCCAUCCUGGGUUUGUUGGCUGCUACAAGUAUUAAGAGCCAAACCUCUGACCCACCUCUAGCAAAUGUGCAGACUUUUAUGGAAUACAUUCAUCUGGUACAUGAACCUCACUCCUAGGACAGUUUAUCUUUCCUACACUAAAUUUUCCUUUAUCCCAUUUGUAUUAGCCCAUUUUCAUGCUGCUGAUAAAGACAUACCUAAGGCUGGGAAAUUUACAAAAGAAAGAGGUUUAAUGGACUUAUGGUUCCACGUGGCUGGGGAAGCCUCACAGUCAUGGCGGAAGGUGAAAGGCGCGUCUCACAUGGUGGCAGACAGGAGAAGAAGAGGGCUUGUGGAGGGAAACUUCCUCUUAUAAAAUUAUCAGAUCUUGUGAGACUUAUUCACUAUCAUGAGAACAGUAUGGGAAAGACCUGCCCCGAUGUUUCAAAUUACCUCUCACCGGGUCCCUCCCACAAUAUGUGUGAAUUCAAGAUGAGAUUUGGGUGGGGACACAGCCAAACCAUAUCACCAUUUUUCUCUUCUCUUAGAUAUGUCAUUUUAGCUUGUAUUAUAUGUAUUUAUGUAAGUUUCACUGGAUCCUUCUGAAAUAAGAUAUACUUCUUAAUAAAUAAAUUAUGACUGGCACAGUGAAUGAUCUGCUUUUCAGACAUUAUAGCUGCUGAUAGUAAAUGUUCGACUUUCACAUUAUGAUGUAUAAGAGGCCUAGGGAUUUAAUAUGGACAAAUGCCUUAUGGUUUAAGAGAAGAUUCUGAUUAUUUUGGUUUAAAAUGGCACAUUAAAGUUUCUGCAAAAAAAUUUUUUUUCAAUGAAACCCUCCUUCCUAUGCCUGUGCUUAAAGACCUUUUUGUACGGGAGUGUAGGAACCUGACUGCUGACCUUGCUGCGUCUUCUGAACAGGUUGUUAAGAAAUUCGGUUCAAUUAAGCCAACAUUUUCUGUAGAGUCUGGCACCUGUGAAAAGCAGUGUUGUGUUCUAUGUGAUGUCUAAAGAUGAUUCGGUGCAUUCUGUGUCCUCAGGAAGCAUUCUGUCUACUUGGAGAGAUGACCUUUUUUUUAAAAAAUAGCAGAGUUACAAGAUGCCUGCCACCUACAAGUGUGUGAUGGCUUGACUGAAGGAGCUUGGGGAAUUUUAGAUAAUUUUGAAGAGGAACUGACAUUUAAUUGUAUCCUAGCAUUUCUGUAGACAGCGAUUGGGUGGAGAAAGGGGGGGAAGAUGACAUUAGAGGUUGAAGAAAAAAUAAGGAAAUGGUACAGAGGAAAUAAAAUGCAGGCACAGUUGGAAGAAGGCAGGUAGUCUUAUUUGUCAGGAGUAGGCUUUCCCCAACAGUAAUCAUUCUAGAAGCUCAUUUAUAAUUUUUUUCCAUAUUCAAGUACUCUCUGUGUUUUGAUAUACUAAACUUAUUUUUAAAUUAACUGUUUUUUAAUGUUAAGUUUAUUUAUUUGAAAAAGAAACUUCAUGUCAGCAUCAGGAGUGGAAAAAUCCAUGAAAUGAAAUUUUUGGCCUUUAACCUGCUGAGAUGCUGUCUCCAUCUUGAUGGAGUAGAAUGAUUCUAAAAAGAUUUAUCUCCUAGUCUCUGGUUGUCUCUAGAGUUCCUCUAUCCUCCUCCCCUUGCUUUUUUUUAUGAGGAGAAAAGGUGGCUUUUAAAAUUUAAUUGCCAGCCAUAAUUUGAAGCAAGGCAGCCUACUUGCUCCCAUUGCAGGUGGAGAGCACUUCCAGUGAUGCCACUUUGUGAGGAGCUCUGGUUUGGAGUAUCCCUUUCACUGUGGCUUGUGACAGAGAAGAUUUUAUUUGUAUCAUGCCUCCAUGGGAAACACAGAGUUAUGGGCAAUGUUUCAGCAUAAAUUCCAUCCUCAUUUUUAAUGCAGGUAAAUGGGAAGAGAUUAUAGGAAUAAAACUGAUGUUUUUCUAGCUAGUUUAAAAAAAUAAAUAAUUCACAACUAAGGUACUUGAACCAUUAUGGAUAACACAUUGCUUGUGACAUAACUUACAAUGACAAAAAUAUACCAGCAUUCUAGGUCCCCCUGUUGAAGAGCCAUGGCCUGGGGUUUGGGAUACACACAGGUGAGGAGAGUGGGAGAUGCUGCUGCAACUAUUGUUAGCACUAGUAUUGAAGCUGUGCUGAGGAGCCUUGGCCAUGUUCUGUAUAUAUUGGAGAACUACUCUAUAGGAAUGGCAUAAAAUCCAUGCUUUAGUAAUCCUGCUCCUCCAAACUAUGUGGAGGAUUGAUUUGAACUAACAAGAUAGAAGUAUGAGGGGAGAGGGUCAAUUGGGAAGCUUGAGACAGAGCAGUGAAGAUGAAACCCAGGAGUGUGGGCCAUUGUUGAAAGAGAGGGAGAGGAUGUGAUGGGAGUGGAUAACUCUUGAGGUGGUAAGACUGAUGUCAGGGUUUCCAUAACUUUUGUUACCAUUUUAGUAAUUCUACUUAAUGAAUGUUAAAAUAAAUCUGCAGCAAGUCAAAUAUAUUUUAAAGUAAACUAAUUUUAAAAUUAUAAAAUAAUAUGACUCCAUGAUAGAUACUACAGAAAAGAAGAAACAUUCCUCCAAAUCUCAUUGCCCUGUCACAUCCACUGUUACAUUUUUGGUGUAUUGCUUGCUGGUCUUUUUGUUUGUUUGUUUGUUUUUUGGGGAGUGGGGUGGGCAGGAUCUGGCUUUGUUGAUGAGGCUGGAUUGCAGUAGUACCAUCAUAGCUUACUACAGCCACAAACUCCUGGGCUCAGAUGAUCGUCCUGCCUCAGCCUCCUGAAUAGCUGGGACUAUAGGCAUGUGCCACUGUGCCCAGCUUCACCUUUUUUUUAAAACAGUAUGCAUUUUAAAUAUAAUUUUACAUAAUUAUAAAAAUAUACAUAUGUAGAUUUAAAUCUUGUUGUUUUUCUUUGUAUAAUUCUAUAAACAUACUGUCAUUUUGCUCUAUAAUGCUUUAUAUUUGAUUUGUUUUUUAUUUAUUUUAAUUCUCUCUUUUUUUUUUUUUUUUUUUUAAGAUGGUGUCUUGUUCUGUCCCAGGCUGGAGUGCAAUGGUGUGAUCUAGGCUCACUGCAACCUCUGUCUCCUGGGUUCAAGCGAUUCUCCUGUCUCAGCCUCCCGAGUAGCUGGGAUUACAGGCACCCGCCACCACACCCAGCUAAUUUUCAUAUUUUUUAAUAGAGACGGGGUUUCACCAUGUUGGCCAGGCUGGUCAUGAACUCCUGACCUCAGGCAAUCCGCCCAGCUCGGCCUCCCAAAGUGCUGGGAUUACAGGCAUGUACCACUGCGCCUGGCCUAUUUUAAUUCUUUAUAUUUAUAUUUUGAAUAUAUUUUUUAGUGAUAGAGCAAUAUUUUAUUGAGUAGAUAUUUGAGAAAUUACUCAACUGCUUCCUUAUUGGUAUACACUUAGGCUCCUCUAACUUCUUACCAUUGUAAAUACCAUUGUAAUAAAUAUUUUUGUGUUUCUACUGUAGUUUGGAUUAUUUUUCUAGGGUGGGUUUCCAGAAGAGGGAUUUCUGGAUCAAAGGAAUAAAGGAGAAGCCACCAUUACUGAUGGUAAUAAUAAUUGCUGACAUUUAUUGAGUAUGUAUAAUAUGCAAGGCAGUAUUUAUAAAGUACUUUAUAUAUGUUAUCUAAUUUUAAUUCUGAUGAGAGUUUAUGAGGUAGGUACUAUAUUAUCCCCCAUUCUGUAGGUGUAGAAAUUAAGGCACUGAGAGGUUAAGUAAUUUUCCCAUGGUCUCUCGCAGCUUGUGGGUGGUGAAACUAGGGUUUGAAACUGCGAUUCAGACUUAGAGCUCCCUGUCACCAAAGCCUGUACCAUCAGUUUUUGGUUGAAGCCCUACAGAUCUCCUAAUUUGGUUAAUGAAGUGCUGAUAACAUUGUUAUGUGGACACUGCCUAGUCUUCUCGAUUUGCUUAGUGGGACUUUGGUUUUCUCAUAUGACUGUGACAGUUGUGUCUCUGUGACAGGUGGUGGUGUUUUUGAAAACCCUAUGCUGCUAACCUUGGUAGGUUGAUCUUGUAAUUACCUAGAAAAGUCCUGUAGUUAAAAAAGAUUGGGGUCAGAAGUCAGAGCAGGUGAUGCUUGACAUUCAAACAUCUGUUCUAAUCUACCCUCCUUCUUUGCUGGCAGAACCUCUAUCCCACUACAGAAAAUCUGCAAUAUUUUUGCCUGUUGGCUCAUGAAAGGCUUUCAUAGAAAUUAUAGUGGUAUUAGCAUAACCAGUCACAAUAAACAAAAAUGACUUAUGUUUUAUUUUACUUCAAAGUACCAAAGGCUUGACUUUAGGAUAAAUAUGUAGGAGUGUGGAUGUGUUUGCACAAUUUUUCUUUAUAUUCAAGCUUCGACUUUUUUUUUCUUUUUCAGGAUCAAAACAGUUUCCUAUUACAUAUAUUGUUAAUUUUAAACAGCAAAUAUCAUUUUCUCAUUUGUUUAUAAUACUGAGUUGGUAUGUUUAGUUUGAGUGGAUGCUAAUCCUGCAUUUUCAUUCUAGAAGGCUACUUAAUACAUUAUUUUCUUAGCCAACCUUAAGUCAAGCCAAGCUUUGGUUAUGGCUAGUUAUAAUCUGUUUUUACUAGAAAUCUUCAAAGUCAAAGUUUAAACAAACAAAAGAAGCCAUCCUUUUCAAAAUAGUUAAUGUAAUGAUCAUCCCUUUUAUAGCUUUGUUUUAUAGUUUUAGGCCCUUCUCUGAAAAGUACAGAGCAUUUUUAUUAAUAUUUAUAUAGGUAAAAGUCAUGCAUAUUGAUAAACUAAUAUACUUUCAAUAAAGUUGAAGUCUAUGCUAUGAAAAAGUGCUUAAAAAGUGAAGAUAUAUGAUAUGUUCUGGGUCUGGGUCCCCACCGAAGUCUCAUCUUGUAUUGUAAUUUCCAUGUGUUGAGGGAAGGACCUCGUGGGAGGUGAUUAGAUCAUGGGGGGAUUAGAUCAUUAGAUCUGGGGAUUAGAUCAUUAGAUCAUUAGACCUCCUUGCUGUUCUCAUGAUAGUGAGUGAGUUCUCAUGAGAUCUGACGGUUUUAUAAGGGGCUUUUUGCCUCUUUGCACUUCUCAUUCUCUCUCCUGCCACUCUGUGAAGAGGUGAUUUCCACUAUUAUUGUAAGUUUCCUGAGGCCUCCCCAGCCAUGUGGAACUGUGAGUCAAUUAAGUCUCUUUUCUUUGUAAAUUACCCAAUCUCAGGUACUUCUUCAUAGCAGCGUUAAAAUGGAGUAAUACAAUAUAAUAUUUUACUUCUGAAAAAAAAGAAGCUACAAGUCUUGAUCACUUGAUCUCUCUGGAGUUUUUUUUUUUUUUUUUUUUCCCCUUUCUCUGUUUCUUGAGAAUAGGGCCCAAUUUAAUGGAACCUUAGCUGCUUCCAACCUUUCUGGAAUUAAGGAGGGCCUUGAUACUUGAGUCUGUUAAGAUUGAGACUUAACCUACUUUCUUCCAUUCCUAGAAGACAAGAGAGCUCCUGUCUGCCACUGGGCGUGGGGCUCCUGAAGGCAAGUUUGGGGCCAUUGCAUACCAUAGUGCAAAAUGUACACUCUACAGUGAUACUAGGUGGAGCGACAUUGUUUUCUAAUGCGUGCAAAACUAUCUGCUCCCCAAGCUAGGCAUCUAUGGGUCUACAAUAACUUGGAAACUUUUCUAGUUUCUACAGAAGCUAAAGGUGCCAUAGCAGUAGGCUGUAUUUCUGAGACUCACAGACUUUUUACCAUACCAUCCACCAUUAGUGCCCUCCAUGUCCUGCUCUUGUAUGAGCAGCUGACAGAUGAUGAUCUUUGUGUCUUAGUUUCUUUUUUUUUUUUGAUGUAGGAUCUUACCCUGUCACCCAGGCUGGAGUGCAGAGGCACCAUCUCGGUUCACUGCAAACUCCACCUCCCAGGCUCAAGUGAUCCUCCCACCUCAGCCUCCCAAGUAGCUGGGACUACAGGUGUGUGCCACCAUGCCUGGCUAAUUUUUUGUAUUUUUGGUAGAGAUGGGGUUUUGCCAUGUUACCCAGGCUGAUAUUGAACUCCUGAGCUCAGAUGAUCCACCCGCCUUGGCCUCCCAAAGUGCUGCGAUUACAGGUGUGAGCCACUGCGCCCAGCCUGUGUGUUUUAGUUUCUAAAUCAAAGACCUGUUGUCUAUUGCAUGUCUAUAAACCUUGUGACUUCUCUGGAGUAGUAAACACUUACUUACAUUUGCUUUUCAACAUUAAUGUUGCAAAUUUUGGUCACUAUAAAUGUGAGCAGUGAUUUAAUGCCCUGUAGCAGUAAAUCUUAAAUAUUUCAAAUUGUAUUUUUAAGAAGAGGGUCUGUAUUCAGCACUACUCUUGGACAGCAAAGUUUUUAAUCUAAAAUAUGGUAUAAAAUUUAUUCUCUUAGUUAUGAGAUUGCAAUAGGGCAGAAACUGUUUUAUUCUGAUAAGUGUGUACCAUUUCUUUUUAAUCUAGUAAGUGCUUUCAUUUAUCGUUUUAAUUAAAUGAAUUAAUUUUCAGUUAAAUUAGUCACUGGAUAUUUUCUGGCCAAAUAAGUCUCUUAAUGACACUGUCAGGAUUUUACAGAAAUUGAGACAUAGUAGGAUCUUUGAUCAUAGUGUUUAUCUUUUUCUCCAUAGAUAAUGAAGUGAAUUUUCUAUAACAGCUGGUUUACAUAGUUAUAUGAUAGAUAUGUUCCAGAGUUUGAGAUUAAGAAGUUUUUACUUCUGUUUUAUUUUAGCACUUAGAUGUUUUCUAAAUUUGUCUUUCUGAGUUUUCUCUCUAGAUAGGUCUGGCAGGGAUUUUUGAAUUGUCAUGUAAUCCAAAUAUAGUGCCUAAGGCUUCACAGCUACAUGAAAUAUCUAUUUUUAAAGACUUUCAUCAAGGAGAUUCCACAUUUUCCCUGGAGAAUUUUUUUCACUAUAAUCCUUUCUCUGAAGAAAUUCAUCUCUAUAUGUGAACUAGGUCCCUUUGGUUUAAGACUAUUUCUUCUAGUCUGGCUUCAUCAGAGAGAGAGAAAUAAAGAUUAGAUUGUUACCAUUUUAAAACUGGUAAAACUAUGAUAUUAAUAAUUUUUUCUCUUCCCCACAAAUUAAAUAUUAACAUUAAAUUUAUGUGAGAAGUACUCAUCUCAAAAAGGGAAAUUCAAUGUAAUUUCUACUAAAGACAGAAUAGUUUCUAGAUAAUCAGUAGUGGCUCCUGUUUGUAAAGAGCUAGUCUGGCAAUAAGGAAAUGUCCUCUUACAGAUCGGUUGGUUUUGUCUAUUAUAAGUCUCUGUUGUCAGAGACUUAUGCUACGGGUGGAGUGGGUUCUAGCUGGCCACCUAGAUGGUACAUUAUUGGGAAGUUUUUGGUUGCAAGUGACAGAAAACUCAAGUGGAAGCAGAUUAAACACUGGAGACAGUUAUUAUCUCACAUAACAAAAGACUCAAAAGAGGCUUUUGAUCUAGCAGCUCAAUGACUUCAAGGCUCUGGUUCAGUGUCUCAGAAAUUCUCUUCAGUUUUCCCUCAUGGUUGCAAGAUGUGAUACUCUGAGCUGCUGCAUCCAUCUUUGUAUAACUACAUCCAGAGACAUGAGCAGGAAAUUAUAUCUGUCCCGUUCUUCUUUAAGCUUCAGGAAAUCUCUCUAUAAAGUACUUUUCACAUCUUAUAGGCCAUAGCUGUAUCACAUGUUCAUGCCUAAACCAAUGACUUGGUCAUGGGAAUGUGAUCAGCAUGAUUAGCCAUGACCCAUCAUAAUUCAUUCUGGGUCUGAGGAGGACCCCAGCCUCUGGAGGACAUGACAACUUAGAAAGGCGAACAAAACUAGAAUUGUAUUAGCCAGGAAGAAGGAGAAGUGGAAAUGGUUGUUGAGUGAGCCACAUAGGUGGGAAGGGGGUUUAGAGAAUGUUGCUUGUUCUGCACAUUAGUAACCUCAUUGGAGAAUGUUGCUGUAAAGUGUAUAACACUGAUAUGGGGGAAAAUAGACUUUAGAGGACUUCAGAAAAGAGUAAACCUUCUUAUUUUUGGAUUGUCUUAGGGAUGGUUUUAUUUUAGAGCUGAGACAUAAGUUUGGUAUUUUAGGGCCCCAUCAAGUCUUAAGAAACUACUACUAGGUGUUAGGUUGGUGCAAAAGUAAUUGCAGUUUUUGCCAUUAGUUUUCUAACUCAGGUUUUUUCUCUGCUGUGUGAACUAGCGAUCAGGAGGGGUCUGAGUGUUUGGAGAACAACAAGACUGCAGCUGAAUAUGUAAAAUCUCGACUCCCAGAGGCCCUUAAACAGCAUCUUCAGGACUACGAGAAAGACAAAGAAAAUAGUGUAUUGUCUUACCAGACCAUCCUUGAACAGCAGAUUUUGUCAAUUGACCGAGAAAUGCUAGAAAAAUUGACUGUAUCCUAUGAUGAAGCAGGCACAACAUGUUUGAUUGCUCUGCUAUCAGAUAAAGACCUCACUGUGGCCAACGUGGGUGACUCGCGCGGGGUCCUGUGUGACAAAGAUGGGAACGCUAUUCCUUUGUCUCAUGAUCACAAGCCUUACCAGUUGAAGGAAAGAAAGAGGAUAAAGAGAGCAGGUGGUUUCAUCAGUUUCAAUGGCUCUUGGAGGGUCCAGGGAAUCCUGGCCAUGUCUCGGUCCCUGGGGGAUUAUCCGCUGAAAAAUCUCAACGUGGUCAUCCCAGACCCAGACAUCCUGACCUUUGACCUGGACAAGCUUCAGCCCGAGUUCAUGAUCUUGGCAUCAGAUGGCCUCUGGGAUGCUUUCAGCAAUGAAGAAGCAGUUCGAUUCAUCAAGGAGCGCUUGGAUGAACCUCACUUUGGGGCCAAAAGCAUAGUUCUACAGUCAUUUUACAGAGGCUGCCCUGACAAUAUAACAGUCAUGGUGGUGAAGUUCAGAAAUAGCAGCAAAACAGAAGAGCAGUGAACCCUUCAGGGGUCUCAGCUGCCUUAGACUAAAGGACUUUCAACACACUGGUCUCUUUUAAUUUAGUGAAAAGUGUGGGAGUUGUAAUUAGGAUCAUCCAUCCCAGACAUGGAAUCCCCCCUCCCUGGUGGUCUUAGGUCUAUAAUUAGUGAUGAACAGAGGGUGCCGUUGGCCAAUGUAGUUAAGAAACUGGAAAAUGGUUUCUUCAUGUUUUCCCAACUCUUUCAUCCAGUGCCCAAAAUAUAUAAAUAAAUAGCUGUAGAGUCACAUAUAUGAAGUGAAUAGCAUAUGUGCCAUUUAGUCUCCCUGAAGAUUCUUUUCAAGAUCCUGUUCAGGGUCCUCCAGGCAUCAGCUGUUGUGUCCUCUCUUUGGAACAGUGGACAGGACAGGCCACCCAGUGCUGCAGGAGACAGACCACUGUGUCACCUGUGAGUGGUCAGGGGCUGAUGUGGCCAACACCCUCUGCCGAGAGACAGAGCUGUCCUAAGAAUGCUUUGUCCUUCUGAGCCCAUGUUUUCUGCUCAGUAGCAGCUUGGAAGCAGAUUUGGAAUGGUUUAUUAUUUUGGCUGCUCUUGGGGACUGCGAGAAGCAGAGAGGAUGAGAGACCAGUGGCAACUGCCUGCACAGCAGAAAUAACCCUUUUCCCUUGCUUCCUUUAAUAGUUAAAUAGACUUUGUAUACCACCUGACCAAACUUUGUGCAUUUAUCCUAAUCAUGCAUGACCUUUUGCUUAGUCCUUACCGUAUGUAAUAGGCAGCUGUUAAAUUCACCGACACCCUGAUUUUUCAUCUUACGUGAGCAAGAAACCACAUUGGGGAAAUGAAAAAAGCAAGCCACAAUACCAUGAUUCCUUCUGUUUUCAACAGUAGAUGAAGGAAAUGAUACUGAAUGAGUCACAGUGUUCCCUGGCAAGUAAGCUGUUUGCAUUGAGAAAGGAGUGAGCUGGUGAGGUUACCACCCUGAAUUGAGCUCCAGCUGCCAGUUUUUGUGUUUUUCCUUGCCCCUUUCCAAGUAGUUUUCAAGUGUCACGCAGUGUUCUGAGAAGCAGCAGCCUAUAACUGUAUUUGUGUUCCUUGAAGCCAGGUGGAGUUCCCAGCUACUGCAGCUUGGGAUUUGGUGGGAAACUACUGGGAUGAGCUUCUCCUUGAUAAUGGAAAGGCAGCAGUCUUUAACAUUUGGUUGCAAAUCUCCAUCCACAUCAGGGAGCUUUCCCCAGGCAAACACAAACCGCCCCCUGUGGCCUGCAGGCCUGCAGGGGAGGCAGCAAAGGGAUCUGGCAGUGGCAACACAGCAAGUCGGGAAUUCAAGCGUGAACCCAUAUUGGUAAGUGGGCCAGAAUUAUUUGGGGCCUGGCUUGCUGCUCUCCAUUUCCUGUAUCACUAAUGUAUCGUUUUUCCAACCUUGGUAUUUUAUAAGUUUAUUUAGAGAAAAUGCUGGGUCACUCUCUUUGCCUAAGGUGACUCAAACAGCCAAACAAAACUUUCGUUGCCUCCCACCCCUCUGUAUCCACCUGGUUUUGUUCUUUCCCUGUGAGCAUUUGUGGUUAUAGCUUCCCAUAUGCCACAUUCACUGGCCACCUCCUCGCCGUGGAGCCCUGCCCUCUCCCCUCCUGCUGCUGUAGAGCUUUCCCAAAGCAGUGUCCAGGGGAGAAUUCGAGAGAGUGAAGAAAUUGCCUUGUGGAUGUGGAGGGCUGCAAUCUGUCUUGAUUUCUCCAAGCACUUAACUUUCUUUGACUGCACUGAGAAUUGCUGAUGAUUUCCCAUGAGAUUUGCUUACUUUUUGUUUACUAUAUUUUCCAGAAUUACAGUUAGAACCUUGGUUAUUGUUUUUUAGCCAUAGAAUCUUCUAGUACAAAGUAUCUGCCACCAUUUUAGAUUUAAGCAUUUGCCUAUGGGGAGACACUGAAUAUGUGGAUGUGUGUAUUAAUACUUGGGGUGGGGACAGGGAAGGGAAUGUGGAAAACAAAUGCUGGCUGUGAGCAGUGCUGAGAUGGCCAGGCCAGGCGGCUGAGUUUGCUUGGAAAUUCAGGACAUUCUGACUCCUAAGAGUUGCCCCCACCCACCAUUGAACUGAAAUCAGCACCAAUGGUGUCAGCACUUUGCAGCCCAUAGCCAACUUUCUUUAUUUUUAACAUAGCACAAAAAUGUAUAAUAGCAAGGAAAAGACAUUUUUAAAUUCCACAGUUAUUUUUAUUGUCUAAAAUGAAAGCAGCAGUGUUUUGAUAAAGAUGAAAAAGAAAAGCUACUAAAUUAGUAAAUCAGUGGUUACGUGCCCUGCAGAAUUUCUUAACAGAUGGUGCUGAGUGCACGAGUUACAUAACUUUCUCUCUAACUGAGGUUCACAAGGCGUCUUCUAAAUUUUGCUUUGUACAAUUAAUUCAUUUCUGAUGUUAACCAAAUAGAGUGUAUAUAUCCUACUCCCAUUACUGCCUCUUUCCCCCCUACUAUGGCUUGUAGAUUUUCAAAAGAUAGAAGUUCUAAGCAAAACUGUAGCAGUUUCAUUAAUAGUUAGGAUAGUUAUAUCUAAAAUCAGAGUAUUUUGUUCCCUUCCUUCUGGAGCUCUCUCUCCCUAGCCCUUUUCCAGCUGUUGGGGAUGUGCAGACAUCACUCCUGGGGUGCCCUGUGGUACACUGGCUGCUCCCCAGGGACCUGGGAAUGCUGAAUCUAGCCAUUAGGGAAAUUGAUUUGAGAUGUUUGCAUGUGAAGCUUCCCUAAGCAGCACUGCCAAAGCUUUGGAAUUGUCACCCAAGGCUUCCUAGACUCCCUAGCUAGCUCGAGUUCGAAUUGCCAAUAGUCCCCAUGGUGCCAAAUUUUGGGAUGGUUUUACAGUCUUUUAGAAAUGAAGACGGGAAUGGCCAUGUGCUUAUGAGACCUCAGCAAGAUGCCAGGCCCAGGUCUCCAUUAAUGCAGUGCUCUGCUGCUGCUCCACUGGCAAUUUGUACUCUUAACAUAGGUUGGGGGAGGGACAGCUAGGGAAAUUUUUUUUUUAAUUAAUUGUAUCUACAAUUCUUUCAUCAUAGGACUAAACAACACUUACUUACAUAGAAAGCUCCAAAGCUGUUCCCAAGACCUGUAUUUAUUUUAUAUGAACAACUUGCCCCAAGGCAAUUAACUCUGAAUUGCUGUUCUAAUGUGACAUAUCUGUGUACAUAUGUACAUAUUACUGGUAACCAGUGGCUGCAUUUUAUUCCUUGCUGUGGACUGAGGUAUUGGCUUCUUGAAUCUUGUAUAUGUCAUAAGAAUAUUACACAGAGUGUUAUAGUGAAGGAUGCAAGCUGGAUAAUUUAAAACAGGCUUUAUUUCAUACAAGUAUAACUAUUACAUCAUUUUGGGUAAAUGGCAAACAGGAUUGCAUGAGAGUGAUGGCAUCAUCAUUUCAAUUUAAUCCGAAGUGACUCUAGGAAUUGAUUUCACUGUUGGAUUCUAGGAAAUUGAGUCCACUGUUUCCUUUGCAUUUAAUUUCCUUUGUGUUUAAUUUGACCACAGAAACUUUUUUGAGUAGCACCUAGUAACAUUGCAAGAACUUGUGUAUCAAGGUGUAUCUUGAUUUUCCUGAUUUUUUUUGUUCUCUAAAAGUUGUUGCCAGAUCGCUCUUGCAACUGUGUCAAUGAAAGGUCUGUGUUUAGAAAAGGCAGCAAAUCAUUGUAUAUUUGAAAUUAUAGGAAUAUAUGCUUUGUAUAAAACUUUUCCAAUGAUUUCAGAAAUUCUUUUUUCCUCCUUUUGACCUACCACUAGACUGUUCAUCCCCUAAUAGUUCCCCCAAAUUGCCUUAGCAUGUCGCACCAGCAUUUGUCAUCCAGCUCUGGAGAAAUGACAUGACUGUUUGUUAGAUACUAUGCCUGUUUAAUUGCCUCUGGAUUAAGUCAUUGAUAUCUAGACUUUUGAGCUAGUUAGUUAGCUAUAGAAAUAAUAGAAUCCAGUGUUUCCCGAAGUGUGUUCCAAAGAGCACAAGUUCCAAAGAUGCUCUUCUAAAUAUAGGAUUCUAGGAUCAAAUAAGUUUGGAAAACACAUACCAUCUUAGAAAGUUAGUAAAAAUGAGUCCAUUAAAGGCUCUAAUUUAAAUGUCCUGCAGGGGAGAGAAAAAAACAACAAAUAUCUACUGUCAGUUAGCCCAGUGUUUUCCAGAUUAAUUUGACCACAGAAACUUUUUUGAGUAGCACCUAGUAACACUGCAAGGAACUUGUGUUCUAAAGAACACCCUUUGGGAAAUUCUGGUAUAUUGAAAUAUUGCUGUGUUUUCAUUCACGAUGACUCUUAGUAGUAGCAGUAAAAUUUGCAACUUAGAAGCAUGAGCCUUUCAUAUAUGAAGCUGACUUGUUAAUAAAAGCAGUGUUAAGAAGUAGUAUGACUUAAUAUGACCAACAGCAGCCUCAUAUUGAUAGCAGAACAAUCCUACUUAAAAAUGCCGUGGCGCAAUGUCGGCUCACUGCAAGCUCUGCCUCCCAGGUUCACACCAUUCUCCUGCCUCAGCCUCCCGAGCAGCUGGGACUACAAGUGGCCUCCACCACACCUGGCUAAUUUUUUGUAUUUUUAGUAGAGACGGGGUUUCACUGUGUUAGCCAGGAUGGUCUUCAUCUCUUGACCUCAUGAUCCACCCGCCUUGGCCUCCCAAAGUGCUGGGAUUAUAGGUGUGAGCCACCACACCCGGCCAUCCCUUUCUUUUAUAUGAAUAAUGAGCAAGAGCCCUGCCAUAGCUAGAUAUGUCUCAAAUUCAUUCCAAGAUCUUUCCAUUGCUUUUUUGCAGUUACCUUUGCUUUUCGGGUUGAAUCAAAAUGAAUAGUUUUAUAUUUCAUUACUAUGUGAUAUUUGAAAAUAUAUAGAAAAUCACAGAAAAGGAAAAACACAAAUUUGAUUUUAAUUCACUUUUGAAAUUUUAACGAUUUUUAAAACUAAUGAUCCCUUAUAUAAUAAUUGAAAUGUAAACUAUUAACACUUAUUUACUUUCCUUUAUUGUCCUCUCUGGAUUCAGUGAAAUAAUUUGAAAUCAAUUAGAGUUCAUACCUUCUAAAAUUCCUGUCCCGUAUCAUCCCACCUUUUGUGUUUUAUGUACAUAAUUAAGUUUAGCAAGUUAUCUCUUGCCUAAAAUGUGAGGCCUUCCUGUAGUUCCACAGCAGUUACUCUUGGCUACAGAAAUAGGUUUGGGAAGCUAUGAGAGAUUACCCCAAAGUAAUGGAUGAAACAAAUCUAGUCGAAAACACGGUACGGAGUGAAUUAAGGCAAAAGUCAUUAACUUAAAAUUACGUCCAAUAUUUAGGAAUAGCUCACCAUCUGCACAUUAUCCAAAAUAUUUUAAAAAACUAAAAGUAAGAUCACUUAGGCUAGGUGGUGGAUUGCAAAGGGCAAGGGGCAGUUGAUACCAUGAGGCUUCCAAUAGAUGCAUUUCUAAACAUUUUUUCUAAUAUGUAAGUUUGUUUGCUGAUCCUUAGUAAUGUUAAUGCUUUGUCUAUUUGUUAUUUUUACCACUGUUGAACAGCAGACUGUUGAGGCUAGGGUUGAUUAUUGAUAAUUUUUAUGUGUUUAGUAAUAACCACAGCAUCCUAUGUACAACUGCUUUAACAAAUCCAAGUUAAGGACUUUGAGGAGAGCAUGCAGCAACUAUUCAUUUUAACAAAUCAUCACAGACAGUUUCCCUUUUCAAAGUGCCACCAAAAAGCAAGCAUGCAGCAAAGGUAUAGAUUGUAUUUAGAGAUGUGGUUUCAUUUAUUCUUGAAGUCCUAUAACCUUGCAUUAUUUAAACACAAAAUCCCACCUAACAUUUGCCAAAUCCAAGUUAAUCUCAAAAACCUCCGAGGACACUGAGCACAAGCAGAUUACUGUGAAGGCACUGGUGGCAGACUGUGGGGGAGAGAGGGUUGAGUGACCCAGAGCAAAGCCUGCCCGGGUUACUCGCUGCCACUUCAGGAGAGGGCUUGUAUCAGCUCUCAUUACCUUUUGUCAUGAGGCAGUUCAUAAGUUAAAUAUGAUAUCAUGCAUUAUCUCAAAAUAUUUCUAUAUUAAUUAGAUAAUUCACUAUGUAAAAUGUGUUCAUGCAGAAGCAAAGGCGGAUGUAAUAGUCAAGUAUCAGGGAAAAACCCCUUUAGGAUACCCAGACAUUAAAAAUGUAAAAAGUAGCUUAUAAGAAAUGUGGAUUAUCAGAUUUUUACUAUAUAUAGGUUGUGUUUAAUAGUAAUUUCUGACACCUGCACAUAGAUCAAGAAAAGGCAGUUGUUACCACUUUUCACCAUUCAAAAAAAUGGGCUUCUCUCUUAGCGUAUUGGUUAAUGCUUUGCUUAUUUGUUAAUGAGGAUAGCACUUUAAUUUUAAAGCUUCCUUUUGUAGGACUGAUGGCACGGGCAGAAUCACAUUUAAGAAAAAUGGUUUGGAACACUUUCUAAUAAAAAACUGUAAAAUCA